CCCACAAAACUUCACAAGGAAACAUCUAACUUUCAAUUUUUAUUUUACUUUUACAAAAACUAUCAGAAUGUUUGAAUCGUUCGACUGGAAUUCGGGACUAGAUUUGAAGAAUUAUCGCGAUGUAAAGCAGCGUGUUGUGAGGAAAAUCGGGGAUCUGGAGCGCAAAGGAGUAAUGUGGGGUUGUCUCAUUGGCAUCGAAGAUGGCAAGGAUGAUGCUUUAUUCCGUUUCUUGAGGGAGAACGCUUAAGCCGGCUCACAAAAUUGGAAAAAUGUAUAAAUGAAAUACAUAUUACAAGUUAUUUUAAAUCAGAGACAAGAAAAUACUCAUACUCAAUAAUUAAAUAAAAUGUUUGGGUGUAGUUUUUGACACUCGUAUCUCAA